ACACGCUCAUAAUUUCAAACAUCAGAAAGAAAAAAUGAAUUCCCUUGGUCUCCCUACUUUAUGCUGUGUUCUGGUCGUGCUUGGAACACUACACUGCUUCUCCUGUCAACAACUAGAUCCAUCUUUUUACAAUACCACAUGCCCAAAUGUUUCUUCAAUUGUAACUGAUGUGCUCUCAAAUGUUUCCCAGUCUGAUCCUCGUAUGCUUGCAAGUCUCAUCAGACUCCACUUUCACGACUGUUUUGUUCAGGGGUGUGAUGCAUCUGUUCUGUUGAACGACACUGAUACCAUUGUGAGUGAGCAAACUGCAGCGCCAAAUAACAACAGCUUACGAGGUUUGGAUGUUGUGAAUCAGAUCAAGACAGCUGUAGAAAAUGCUUGUCCUGGGGUUGUCUCCUGUGCUGAUAUUCUUGCUCUUGCAGCUCAGACAUCUUCUCAACUGGCUCUUGGUCCUUCUUGGGAAGUUCUACUGGGAAGAAGGGAUAGUUUGACAGCAAAUCGAACCCUUGCUAAUCUAAACCUUCCUGGUCCUGAUUUUACACUCGAUCAACUUAUUUCCUCGUUUGCUAAUCAGAACCUCAGUGUCACUGAUCUAGUUGCACUUUCAGGUGCCCAUACAAUUGGAAAGGCUCAAUGCAGAUUUUUUGUAAAUAGGUUAUACAAUUUUAGCAGUGGGAACCCAGAUCCUAUUCUCAACACCACUCUCUUAGAAUCAUUGCGAGCAAUAUGUCCCAAUGGUGGAGUUGGAACAAAUCUCACCAACUUGGACGUAACUACUCCUGAAAUAUUCGAUUCCGAGUACUAUUCCAAUCUUCAACUUCAAAAUGGCCUGCUUCGGAGUGAUCAAGAGCUGUUUAGCACAACUGAUGCAGAAACUGUUCCCAUUGUCAACAGUUACAUUGACAAUCAAACUCUUUUCUUUCAAGACUUCAUAGCGUCAAUGAUAAGAAUGGCCAACAUUGGAGUGUUGACAGGAUCAGAGGGAGAAAUUCGAAAACAGUGCAACUUUGUGAAUACAUUUGAUAUCUUUACCAUCAUAGAUCGUCAGAAGAUGGAAUUGUUAUAAACAGAGAAAGAUUACUGUGGAAAAUAUAGUGAUUAAAGUUAUAAUAAAGAGUUUUAUGUGUGGUGUA